GUAUUUUGUAAGCGUUAAAUGAAUAAUUCUGUGAAUACCCAAGAUUUCAUUAAAGUAGCAAAUGAGGCAGACAAUGUAGUCGAUUUUCUUGGACCUUCAAUUAAAUAUGAAUGCGAUGACAUGGUUAUAAAUAUUGAAUAUUAUACAAUUACAACUUUACCAACUAAAUUGAAAGAAUGGGCAUUUGACUUAUUAAAAUCAAACAUGGAAAACUUGUAUAAAGGUUCGAAUCUUGGAUGGAAUUCUAAACAAAAACGUCAAGAGAUGAAUGAUAAAGAUUGUAAAUAUUUAAUCGCGUCAAAUAAUGAAAAACCAAUUGGAUUUGCCAUGUUUCAAUUUACUUGGGAAGAAACUAUGGCAGAUGAUGAUAAAGAAAUUGAAGUCAUAUAUUGUUAUGAAAUUCAAUUAGCUGAAGAAGCAAGAAGAAAAGGUUUAGGUACAUUCUUAAUGAGAACAUUGGAAAAUAUUGGAAAAAAUUGGAAAAUGAAUAAGGUUAUGUUAACCACGUUUAAAAAAAAUAAAUUGGCAAUGGAUUUUUAUAUUAAUCGACUUGGUUAUCAAAUUGAUGAAAUUUCACCAAGUGAAGUUUUAUUACCCAAAGAAGCUAAAGAUUAUGAUUAUGAAAUAUUAAGUAUAAAAUUAUGAUAUGUUUAGAAUUCAUCCUUUAGAACAAUUGAAAUAAAAUCAACUCACCCGAGUUUUCUUUCCAUUAUUUAUGUGAUGUACGUUUAUUUGUUAAUGAAUUUACCUUUCCAAGAACACUCUUUUUUAAGAAUGUAGUUGACUUUUCUGCUGCAACUUUAAUUUCCUCCAAAUGAUCCAUAAUACUUUCAGAAUGCUUAGUAACAAGUAAUAAUAAUAUCUGACCUAAUUUCUGAUUAUUAGGUUGAAGUUCAAGAUUAAGAUUCAAGUGGUAUAAAAAUCUUUUAAGAAUAUAUUGAUUUUCAAUUUGAAAUUUUUGAUUAAAUAUCGAAAAUAAUAUUUCAAUCAUUGAAUCAUCCCAUUUCUCAAGAUGAUUGGGUAGGGUUACACUGGUAGACUCAUUAAACAUUCGGAAAUCAGAGAAUAAUUCU